UAACCUCCAUUCUUCUCUGUUGGCUUCAAGCUUUCAUGUAACGUAGUUCCGCCAUUGGUCCAACUCCGUUCUUCGCGUCUGCAGAAGCUCUAGCUCACUCCCCGCAGCCGCCAGCGGCAAUCUCACUUCCGUCGAACUUCGUUUUGAAAAUAUGGCAAGAGGAUUGAAGAAGCAUUUGAAGAGGCUCAAUGCUCCUAAGCAUUGGAUGCUCGACAAACUUGGUGGUGCAUUUGCCCCCAAACCUUCAUCUGGACCACAUAAAUCAAGGGAAUGUCUCCCAUUGAUCCUUAUCUUGCGAAACCGAUUGAAAUAUGCUCUCACAUACCGUGAGGUCAUUGCAAUAUUGAUGCAACGGCAUGUAUUGGUCGAUGGGAAGGUUAGGACAGAUAAGACCUAUCCUGCUGGUUUCAUGGAUGUUGUGUCGAUUCCCAAAACAAAUGAGAAUUUCCGUCUCCUCUAUGACACAAAAGGCCGAUUCCGUUUGCACUCAAUCAGGGAUGAGGAGUCUAAGUUUAAGCUCUGCAAAGUUCGCUCAGUGCAAUUUGGGCAGAAGGGAAUCCCUUACCUGAACACUUACGAUGGACGUACAAUCCGUUAUCCCGAUCCCUUGAUCAAGGCAAACGACACUAUCAAGCUGGACCUCGACUCAAACAAGAUCGCUGAUUUCAUCAAGUUUGACGUUGGAAAUGUUGUGAUGGUGACCGGUGGAAGAAAUCGUGGACGAGUCGGAGUAAUUAAAAACAGGGAGAAGCACAAGGGAAGCUUCGAGACUAUUCACGUUCAGGAUGCAACUGGGCACGAAUUUGCCACUAGGCUGUGCAAUGUCUUCACCAUCGGGAAGGGGACGAAGCCAUGGGUAUCCCUUCCCAAGGGCAAGGGUAUCAAACUAUCUAUCAUUGAAGAGGCCAGGAAGAGGCUUGCCAGCCAAACCGCAGCCACGGCUUAAGAGUUUAGUAUGGUAGUAGUAGUAGUAGUAGUCAUGAUUUGAACACAGUUGUCCACUCUUUUUAGUUAUUAUUAUGAGUAAAAUAGAUCUUUAGACUAUUUAAUUCUACUAGAAAUGUGAUGAACACACUGCUUCUAU